GCGACACAACAAAUGAAAGCGUGACGUGAAUCGCUGGUUUGCCAUACCGCGUCGGGAUAAUGUCGUUCGAGAAGAAAAACGUUGUCCGUUUGUAAAGCAGGCUACAUAAAAGCCCCGUAAUUUAAUCCCGGCACUGUUUUAUCACGCAGUUGCCAGAAAAUGGAAGCAGACUAUCAACCGACGCUAAGCCCUACGCGAACUUUGACAGCAAUAGCUAAUGACGUCGAAGACCCAUACCCAAGUUUGUCAGAUUAUCAUGAUUAUGAGCCCAACUUGGAGUUCGAUGAUACUGAGUUACAAACCACUCCAAAUAAUGCUGUACAGCUUUUAGAAGAAAAAUUGGAUUUAACUAGCAGUGGUGCAGGUACUGGGAUAGAUUAUCUGGAGAGUCCAGUAAGCGAUGGGACAAUCGAAGAAAACUUUGAAGAAGCUUUAGUAGAUGCUCCAGUUAUUGAAUCCGCAGAGGAUCUUGCUGCAUUGGAUGGUGAACUUGCGGAUGAAGAAGAUUAUCUUGAUAUUUCAAGAUAUGGCAUUGUAGAAGUGGUUGGUGAUGAUAGUGCUGGUCGUAAAAUAAUAGUAGUAUCUGCAUGUAAAUUACCUCCUGUUGGAAAAGAAACAUUUAAUCAUGCUAAACUUCUCAGGUAUCUCACACAUACUUUAGACACAUUUGUAGAACAAGACUAUAGUUUAGUUUAUUUUCACUAUGGUCUUACUUCAAAAAACAAACCACCAUUAUCCUGGUUAUGGCAAGCAUAUAAAGCUUUUGAUAGAAAGUAUAAAAAAAAUUUGAAAGCUCUGUAUUUAGUACACCCAACUAAUUUUAUUAGAAUUGUAUGGCAAAUAUUUAAGCCAGCCAUCAGUGCAAAGUUUGGCCGGAAAAUGAUGUAUGUCAAUUAUUUAGAGGAACUGGCACAAUAUAUUAAUCUUGAUCAACUUAUUAUACCUCCUCAAGUAAUAGAACAUAAUGAACAGCUAAUGUUAAAGAACAAAAAGAAUUUACCAACAAGUCCACCUCAGAGUACGGUAACAACACCGGUUGGUACCACUCAGUUUGGAGCAAGUCUCCUAUUUAUUAAAGAAAAUAAUAAUGGCGAUCCUAUACCACCAAUAGUGCGACAAUGUGUUGAAUUUCUCGAUACACCUGAUGCAUUAGAAACAGAAGGAAUAUUUAGAAGAUCAGCUAAUGUAGCUGUAGUUAAAGAACUUCAGAACCGUUGUAAUCAAGGAUUACCUGUUGAUUUUCAAGGAGAUCCACAUAUAGCAGCCGUUCUUCUUAAAACAUUUCUACGAGAAUUAGAUGAACCUCUUAUGACGUAUGAAUUAUACGAUGAAAUAACACAAUUUCAAUCCCUGUCGAAAGAUGAACGUCCAAGAAGAGUUAAAAUAUUAGUACUAGAAAAACUUCCAGAAGACAAUUAUCAGCUUUUAAAAUAUAUUGUACAAUUUUUAUCGAGGGUAAUGGAUAGGUGUGAUUUAAACAAAAUGACAUCAAGUAAUCUCGCCGUCGUGUUUGGUCCAAAUCUUGUCAGAGCACCACCAUCUUGUGGGAUGUCGCUUUCUGCGAUAGGUCCCAUUAAUCAAUUCAUAGAUUUUUUGUUUACUCAUCAAGAUAAAAUAUUUAUUAUUUAAAGAAAGUGCAGUACUG